CUGUAAAGUCUGCCAUCGACCGGAUCACCUGUCUGUAUUUUCUUCGACAGGACCUACUGUACUGUUAUACCGUUUUUCUUUGGGGUUUAAGUUGAAAAAGACAGCAAAAUCGACUCACAACUAAUCCUAAGCAUUGAAAGGCUACUUUCUGAAGAACCUAAAAUGGCUCAAUACGUUCGAGUCACAGAGGACGAGUCGCUACCAGCAAUCGAAGUGCCAACUGAAGCAGACGGAACGAUUUUACUGUCGACUCUUCAAGCGCAGUUUCCCGGUGCUUGUGGAUUGAGGUACAAGAACCCAGAGACUGACAGCUGGAGAGGAAUUCGUUUGUUAGAAAACAUGCUUUGCCCACCAGCUGUAGAAGGAUGGGGAGGGCAUUUGUACGUUGUGGUGCAGAAAAAUGGUGAGUCUUGCUUACUUAGUACUUGUUUGAGAUUAAAUGGCGAUCGACUAGCCACAAAAUGAUAAAAGUUCGAAAUGAAGACUUAACAGCCAUUUGGAUAGUUUAUGAAAGGUCCCAGGCAAGAGCUACAUACUUCAAAAACCUCCUGGAUGAUUAAGCAACAACAACAACAAAUGCAAAUCAUUCAUCGAAAUGGGCACUUUACUCAUCUUUUGGAAAUUCAAAUGAUAUUCUGCCAUAGAUGCAGUGAUUUCUCUGAACUUAAUUACCAUCUAUGACAGUAUCAUGAAAUAAGUAUUACUUUCUUCUUUUUGUACUUUUAAUUACAUUUUACAAAGUAUCUGUUCUACAGUUCUAGCAUUGUAGACUAUUAUUGCUAAUAAACUAGGUUUUAGCUUGGCUACAAGUAAAACCAUAGCCUACAGUUAGCCACUUUAGAUCCGUUUACAUGUCUUGACUGUUUCAUUGGCUUGUCAUUCAAGAGCAUGAAGCCACCAAAAAUUUAUGUAUACCUUGUUCUGACAAGCCUUGAAGUAGGUGUUCUACUCUUAUCUCCCCUAUAAGGCUCACACCAGUUUUCUGAUUUUUAACACCACUUUCAAUUCUCUCCACUCUAAUUGCAUCAAGCCUUUCCAUGGUGUUGAUUUAACUACACAUUGAUGAUCCUUUUCCUCUGAUUCAGUUGCUUUUCCUGUCAAGUUUCAGCCAAAAAGUGUAUAUAUUUGAUAGAUACAUUUAGAAGAUUGAUUUUGAUUUCCUUGACAAUUAUUUUGCUUUUCUCAUCGUAAGGUUGCAAAUUAUAUUCAAUCUUUCAGACAGCACUAGUAAAAGAAAAAUCGAAGAAUCUCCUAACACCAAAGCAGAACCAGAAACAAAAAUGACAAAGAUUUCUUCUCCAGAGGAUGGAUUAGGAGACCUCAUUGUGCUUGGACUUCCUUGGAAAACUACAGCAGAAGACAUGAGGGAAUAUUUUCAAAAGUUUGGUGAAGUCGUUAUGGCAGAGGUUAUUAUAUUUAAAGCUUGAUUUAGAAUAAUUAUCUCUCGAAGGUUGAAUCAUGAAACAUACACCUUAUUAAUUGGUGGUUUAACACACUAUAUGUUGGGAUAUUUUGUAUUAUGUGUUAACUUUAACCAUUGAAUAAGGUACUUACAUCUGCCAUAUAUUUUAUAUUAUUGUCAGGUGAAAAUGGAUUAUGGAAGUAGUAAAUCCAGAGGAUUUGGGUUUGUGAACUUUAAGGACCCUGAAGUGGCAAAAACAGUUUUAUCCCAGGUUCACCGCAUUCAAGGUCGCCUUUGUGAAGUGAGAUUGCCACGUUGUAAAGUAAGUGACAGGAACAGUGGUAGUAAAUAAUGUAUUUACUGAGCACCAGUAUCUUGAACAAUCCAAGAAUGGUUUUUAAAUGGAAGUUGAUUGGGAGAUGCCCAGUUUUAAGUCAGUUGUAAUCUCAGUCAGGAGGUCUGAUUUAAGCAUUAGCUGAGUCAUUGUGUUUUGUUCUGCAGGUAAAAUACUUCACUCUCACACUCUCUUGCUAUGCUAGAGUGUGCCAGUGCUUAGCAGACUUUCUGGGGAACGUAAUAUUUUGCAAUGGUGGUGGUGAGGGAUGGUAAGAGGGAAGGGGGGAGCUUACCUUGGGCUAGAGCUAGCAGGGUAAGGAGAAAGAGUAGCAGCACUCCUUCGUCUUGUUGCCUUAUGCCAUAGAAACUGGGACAGACUCUGUUCACCAUGCUUAAAAUACUUAACCUAAGUAUAUAAAGUUUGCUAAAGUGUAGAAUGGUUUCUUUUUCCUCUUCAUUAUAGCAAGAAUUUAUGCCAAAGAAGUUGUUUGUGGGACGUCUUCCUGAUUCAACAAAUGAAGGAGAUCUUUUGGAUUAUUUUAGUAAGUUUGGUGAGGUGAUUGAUGUCUACAUUCCAAAACCAAUGCGUGGAAUUUCAUUUGUUACAUUUGCUUCAGGAGAAGUUGCCAAAAAAGUUCAGUCUCAGAAUCACCGCUUGGGAUCAAAUCUGCUUAAUGUGAACUUUGCAGAGCCUAAAGCAGCCAAAAAUGUCCACAUGCCCUCCCCAGCAGACAUACAGUCUAUGUCUCAAAACUCUGUGCCUGGGUGGGGUGGUAUGGGAUUUCCAGAAAUGUAUGGAAUGGGCUCUUGGAGCAAUGCUGGACGUCAGAAUUUGUCAUACAAUGCAUCAGCAGCUUACAACAGUAUGAUGCAGAGCAUGAUGAACAUGGGCAACCCGUCAGGUGCUAGUAACAUGAUGGCCAACAGACAUGGACGACGAUAA